AUGCGCUCGCUCUGCUACGUGCUCAUUGUCAUCGUCGUUCACGGUUGGAAAACAUCCCAGUUGAUAGCCAAUGACGGUACUCAGACCGACCAAACCGCUCACCUCUCGUCCGAUGAUGUUCCUCACAUAAAGAAGAAAAACUCGCCCGUCGCAUCAAGGCAUAACAAGCCACACGGACCCGCUUUGGACGAAACCGACUUCCAAGGCCAGAACAACGAAGAAAGGUCAUCUUCCCUGUCAAUUCUGUCGGACACGAUCUUUAAGGUGGUGGAGGCGAUCUUGGAUAUAAUGCCUUCGCAGCUGAAGAAGCCCAUCCAGGAUACUCUCAAGCGCAUGAAAGUAAAGAAGUACUUCAAACAGUGGACGGUCAUGGAUCAAAGGAAGUUCGUCUUGCUGCUAGAUGAAGAGUUUUCAGCUCAGGAUUGUCGCUGGACUUACGAAGAAUUCAUCGACUAUCUGACGAAACCUGUUGCGAGGGAUGGGAAAACACAACCUCGUGUACAACCCGAAGAACUGAUGAAAGCUUUUCAUUCGUUUCGUGGGAGCCCUAACAUGAAGCAUCAUGCCGACAGCAUGCAGGGAAUUCUGUUCAGGAAAUUCCCGACCAGCGAAUGGGGUCCAAUGAUUGAUCAAUGGGUAAAGUCAAGGUUGACCCUAGCAGAAGUGGAUGAAAUUUUGACGGCCGGUAUGAAAAGAGACUUUUUGGAAGUGUAUGGUAAGGACGGCGCAGCAGAAGCUUAUUUGAGCACUCUUCAGUUGUAUAUGGACUAUAUCAAGGUAUGCCCCAACAUUGACUACGCUCUCAAAGAUAAGGUGCGGAAAUAUUAUAGCGAUCAAAAACAAGUUCUGGUUGCCGCGGGGGUUCUGGAAGUUCACACAACAUACAUUACUAAUGUGUGA